AGAUGUUCCCAUCCCACCGUCAUCCAACACUUGCUUGCCUGACUCUCACCUUUCACUCUCAUCUUUCACUCAACAAAAGCUCCUCACGCUUCUCGCAAUGGCUCCGUCGGCUAGUACUCUUCCCGAGGUUCUUCCCGAGCCAAAACACUUUAUCGAUGUCGCAAUUGCGGGAGCUGGUCUCGCCGGUCUCGCGCUAGCAGUCGGUCUGCAGGAGCGGGGCUUUAACUCUGUCAUGCUCUUCGAAGCCGUACCUCAUUCCCGCUCCGAAACCGGCACGAUUUUCGCCAUGUUUCCCAACGGCACGAAGGCGCUCGAAGGAGUAAAGCCGGGGCUCAGCGACACUUUGAUUGGUUGCGGAUCAACGACAACGCGAACUAGGUCCGUUAUCCGACGAAAUCCGACGAUUAAUAAUUCUGAAUCGGCCACUACGUCUACCAGCGGCUUAAAUAGCAUCGGUUCCGCCACUAGCGAUGCUGAUAGUAACGGAAACGGUGAGAAUCGCGGGGACUGGAUUGUGCGGACAUUGGCGAGAAACCAGACAAUCGUGGGGUGGGGGAGGGCCCAAGAGGUCCUUGCCUCGUCCCUAACGCGACCCGAGAUUAUUAUGCACGGGCAUCGCGUAGUUGCGUACCGGCCAGUCGUCGCAGGGGGGGGCGUUGAAGGAUCGCAAGGCGGCAGUGGCGCCAGAGAGGGAGAGGUGGAAGCGGUUGACGUGGUGCUCGAGGUCGUGGGUUCGAAUCCCGAAAUUGACAAAAACAACUCCACCUGUGCUGUUUCAGAAGGAGCUAAUAUCGCGGGCAAGGCAGGGGCGGCGCAGCGGGAUCUGGUGGUGGUUAGAGCGAAGGUUCUGGUCGCAGCGGAUGGCGUGCGAUCAGCCGUGCGAAAUCAGAUGAUUGGUGACGCGCCACGGUAUUUGGAGCAGGUUGGGUGGAACGCGCUUGUGUCGAACCCUCCUGGUGCGAGAGUGUACCCCCAGGAGGAUGGGGAGUUGUUGUAUUUCCUGGAUGAGGUUACAGGUUACCAGAUGUUUUUGAUUGAUAUUGGCCAUGGGAAGACCUUCUGGCAGGUUCGUUUGGCUGACCCAGACAGCAAGCUCAAGGAAGAGCUCCAGCAAACACCCUUUGGCGGCUUUGGGAAGCCAGGUGUCAAAGACCGCCUGAUGUGCCACGUCAGCAAGAAUGCAUCGGAUCCCUCAGGGCAUGACACGUGGCAGACUGUGCUGCAGGCAGUUACCACCACCGACCCGUGUAACAUCUACGAGCGGUGGAUGCUGGAUCGUGCCCCGCUAAGGGAUUCUUGGAGUGACCCUAAGUGUGGUAACAGGGUGGUUCUUAUGGGGGAUGCAGCUCAUGCCAUGCACACAGGCCCGGGACAGGGGGCACAAACUGCAUUUGAAGAUGCACACCAAUUGUCCCUGUGCCUUGCUGAAUUUAAGGAUGUACUCUCCGAGCCUGCUGCCGUGGCUGCUGCGGUUCGGGAGUACGAGGCUCGGCGGAUCGAUCGGUGUGUGAGGAUACAUGGGUACGCCACCGGUUCGCAUGGGUUUGGGGAGGAGGGGAGGUUGGUAAAAGGGCUUUCCCUCCCCGAGAAGAUGACAAGGAUGAUGGAGUUCCAGACUUGGGUCCAUGCGUAUCCGGACAAGAUCAAAGGUGAUCCUGAUUCCACCUGCUUCAGUUAGGGAGCUUUGCAAUUGAAGUGACUGUGUUGCUUGUCAUACGUUUGUGCUUUUUGUUGUGUCCUAGGUGUCAACAAACAUACGGUAUAUAUUUGUAAAUACUCUUAACGUAGAAUCGAAUGUAGAGAGAAAA